AUGUCAGCCGCUUAUAAGUUCCAACAUCUUGCCCGCUCGAUCUCAGGGCCCUUGAAAUGUCCAUUCAAGGGAGAAACCCUUCUCUACAAUGCCCGAUUCAACAAAGGAUCAGCAUUCUCUGACAACGAACGAGAAGUCUUCAAGCUGAAUGGCCUACUUCCACCAAACGUCCAGACUCUCAAUGAGCAGGUUCAACGUGCUUACGAACAAUACAGCAGUCGACACGAUGAUUUAGCGAAAAACACGUUCAUGGCGAGCAUGAAGGUGCAGAAUGAAGUGUUAUACUACAAGCUGCUUCAGACCCAUAUCAAAGAGAUGUUUAGUAUCAUUUAUACGCCUACUGAAGGAGAUGCGAUUCAAAACUAUUCACGCCUGUUUAGAAGGCCGGAGGGCUGUUUCUUGAAUAUACGAGAUCAGGAUUCUAUUGAAGAGUGUCUUGCCAACUAUGGGAACGUUGAGGAAGUGGAUUACAUUGUUGUUAGUGAUGGCGAAGAGAUCCUUGGAAUAGGUGAUCAGGGCAUCGGUGCUAUCUUGAUAUCCGUUGCGAAGCUGGUAAUCACCACUCUCUGCGCUGGGAUCCACCCAGCGAGACAGCUGCCGGUUGUUUUGGACUGUGGCACUAAUAACGAAGACCUGCUCAAUGAUGAGCUGUACAUGGGACUCCGCCAGCAUCGGAUCGAGGGCAAACAGUAUGAUGAAUUCGUGGAUAAAUUUAUCCAGACUGCUCGACGGCGGUUUCCAAAGGCUUACAUCCAUUUUGAGGACUUCGGGCUGCACAAUGCCCGGCGGAUCCUAGACAAGUAUCAAUCGCAGAUCUCAUGCUUCAAUGACGAUAUCCAGGGCACUGGUUGCGUUACCUUGGCUGCCAUGAUGGCGGCAUUGCAAAUUAGUAACAUGGAGCUUGCCGACAUUCGUGUGGUCAUAUUUGGCGCUGGUACAGCUGGUACAGGAAUUGCAGACCAGAUCGCCGACACUAUCGCGACAGAGGCGCACAAAGCCAAGGAGGAGGCAUCGAAGCAGAUAUGGUGUAUCGAUAAACCAGGUCUCCUUGUAAAAUCCCUCGGUGAUCAAUUGACCCCAGCCCAGGCCAACUUUGCAAGAGAAGACAGCGAGUGGGCUGAAGGCAACGGCCGUGAUCUGAUUUCGGUUAUCCAGCGCGUGAAACCGCAUGUCCUUAUCGGCACGUCCACAAAGCCGAACGCCUUCACAGAAGAGAUCAUCCGCGAAAUGGCCAAGCACGUUGACCGACCAAUUGUAUUCCCGCUCAGUAACCCGACCCGUCUCCACGAAGCGCAGCCCAAGGAUCUGUAUGAGUGGACUAACGGCCGAGCUCUAGUCGCAACAGGUAGUCCAUUCCCUCCUGUGGAAUACGAAGGUAUAAAGUACGAUAUCGCGGAAUGCAAUAAUUCCACCUGUUUCCCUGGUAUCGGUCUUGGAGCCGUUCUCUCGCGAAGUCGGUUGAUGUCCAAGAAGAUGCUUGUGUCAGCUGUUGAGGCUCUCAAGGCACGUUCCCCUGCGCUUGUGGAUCCGUCUAAACCACUUCUUCCGGACGUUGAGGAUGUGCGGGAAAUCAGUGUGGAUAUCGCUGCUGCUGUCAUCAAGUGUUCGAUUCGGGAGGGUCUUGCGCAAGAGGAGGGGAUUCCUGUGGAUGAUUCGGAGCUUAAGGAGUGGAUUCGCGCGCAGAUGUGGGAGGCUAAGUACCGACCUUUGAUCAAGGCUUGGGAUGUCGAAUAA